AUGGGAGCGACGGUUUCUUUGGCGAAAGCUGCCCCUCGUGAUUCGGACAUUACCACUACGAAGGAUGGAGGAAAAAGGCUCUCAUCUGAUGCCCGAAGUCGAGUCGCGCGCCCACCACAUGAAGCGCAAACCAUGGCAGGAAAUCUCCGCCUGUCUCAAAUGGAUCAUCUUCUUGGCGAAAUUUCUGGUCUUUUUAUGUGGAGCUGGGAUUUUUGUUUUCGGUGUGUACUGAUGACUAUGGUUUCGGUGUGUGUGUUAUUCGUCAAGGACUUUGGUGAAAUCAAACUGCUCGAUGUUUUUUCAAUGCGGCGAUUUUACUUCCCUUAA